ACACCGCCAUAUAUCUACACCUCCUUCAUAUAUAUCUUAUAACAACAAAGUAUAAUCCAAAAAUAUCCUUCGAAUCUUCUCCUUUUCAACAAAUUAUUAAUUCAUAUUUCAUUAAACCCAUCUCUCAUAACAAAGUUUUGAUUCAUUUUCCCAAUAUUCACCAAUCAUUUUGCCCUUUUCUGAUUCCAUUGUUUCUGUGUGUGUGUUUCAGUGUUUGUGUGUGAGAGAGAAUAGAGAAACAUGUGUGUACAAGACUUGGAAAGUGGUUGUGAAGAGAUAGAUGACUUGGGUCUUGUAGCAGCAGAUCAGAAUAUUAAUACUUCUCAGUUUGGUCCUCAGCAGAUCACUGUUUCUAAUUCUUUUCCGAUGGAGAGCAUUUGUGAAGAUACCGUUGUUUCAGAAGAGAAAUAUAACAACUUCAUACCAACGCUUCGUUCCGGAGAGUGGUCUGAUAUUGGUCAUCGAUCCUAUAUGGAGGACACUCACAUAUGCAUUCCAGACCUCGCUAGAACCUUCAACAAUAAAUAUAUUGGCGAAGAAACCGUCUCAUUUUACGGGGUGUUUGAUGGGCAUGGAGGAAAGGGUGCAUCAAAAUUUGUUCGUGAUAAUUUGCCAAGAAUCAUCGUUGAUGAUGCUAAUUUUCCAAUGGAACUUGAAAAAGUAGUCACGAGGUCGUUUGUGGAGACGGAUGCUGCAUUUGCGCGGUCGUGUGCUCUUGAGUCUACUCUUUCUUCUGGCACAACUGCACUUACUGCGAUGAUCUUUGGGAGGUCUUUACUCGUCGCAAAUGCUGGAGAUUGUCGAGCAGUUCUGUCUCGAAACGGGCUAGCUUUUGAGAUGUCAAAAGACCAUAGACCGUGUUGCGACAAAGAAAGACUCCGGAUCGAAUCCUUAGGUGGGUUCGUAGAAGACGGCUAUCUAAACGGUCAACUAGGUGUCACUCGAGCCAUAGGUAACUGGCACAUCCAAGGGCUCAAAGAAACGGACAACCAAGUCGGUCCAUUGAGUGCUGAACCGGAGCUCAAACUUGUGACACUAACAAAAGAAGACGAGUUUUUGAUCAUUGGAAGUGACGGGAUUUGGGACGUGUUUAUGAACCAAAACGCGGUGGAUUUUGUGAGGCGGCGGUUGCAGGAUCAUAAUGAUGUGAAGCGGUGUUGCAAGGAGAUGGUGGAGGAAGCGAUGAAGAGACACGCGCUUGAUAAUUUGACGGUGGUUAUUGUGUGUUUUCAGGCGGAACCGCCGCCGCCGGUCGUGGUUCAGAGAGGGAGAGUCAGGAGGAGCAUUUCUGCUGAAGGGUUGCUUAAUCUUAAAUUCCAUCUUGAAGGGUAAAAGAUGUAUCUUUUUAAUUAUCUUUUUGAAGAGAUGAUGAUGAUGAUGAUAAACUUAAUUAUAGUUGUAAAUACAUUCAUGUGAGGGAAGGAAAUAAACUGAGAAGGGGGUAACUUGUAUCUGUUAACACUUUGUACAUUUCAUUUAAUGGUGAUUAAUCAGUUGGCAUCAUAAUAUAUCUUAAUUAUUAAUAAUUUUGUAA